UCUUAUUACACCCUGCACUUCCUUCCAAUGUCGCAUUUUCUGCGGCGGUGUCACUCGUGACGCCAUAGCUCAUUACCUUUGAUCUCUCCGCCCCCACUCUCGAUCUCUCCGCCCAUCUCCGAUGGAGAGCGUCGCCCUCCGGUUUCCGGCCGCCGCCGCCUCCACCGCCCUCCCCCAUCUCCGCCACCGCCGCGCUUCCAUUCCCCCCACCCCACCCGCCGCCCACGCCGCCCGACCUCUCCUCCAACACGCCCGUGUUGGAAAUCUAAAACCUUCCUUUCUCCGUUCCCUCCACACUCCCCGACGAAACCCCAAAUUCAGCAUCUCCGCCGCCUCCGCCGACGCCGCCGCCGCCGCACAAUCGGACUCCGCACCCCCUCCGCCGUGGAAGGGGGCGAAACCCGUUCCAUUAAUCAUCUCAAUCGCGGUCGGCGUCGCCCUCCGCUUCGCCGUCCCCAGGCCCCCCGAAGUCACCCCUCAGGCGUGGCAAUUGCUGGCCAUCUUCUUCUCCACCAUCACCGGCCUCGUCCUCAGCCCUCUCCCCGUCGGCGCGUGGGCGUUCGUCGCCCUCACCGCCGCCGUCCUCACCCGGACUCUCAGCUUCGCGACGGCGUUCUCGGCGUUCACGAACGAGGUUAUUUGGCUCAUCGUCAUCUCCUUCUUUUUCGCCCGCGGCUUCGUCAAGACAGGAUUAGGCGACAGGAUCGCCACUUACUUCGUCAAAUGGUUAGGGAAAAGCACCCUCGGAUUGUCCUACGGCCUGACCUUGAGCGAGGCGUUGAUUGCGCCGGCGAUGCCCAGCACCACCGCCAGAGCCGGCGGCGUGUUCUUACCCAUCAUCAAGUCGUUAUCUCUGUCGGCCGGAAGUAAGCCCGACGACCCCUCCAAGAAGAAGCUCGGAUCCUAUUUAGUGCAGUCUCAAUUUCAGUCUGCUGGUAACUCUAGCGGCCUUUUCCUAACUGCUGCAGCUCAAAAUCUGCUGUGUCUGAAACUGGCGGAGGAACUCGGCGUGGUUAUUACAAACCCAUGGAUUUCGUGGUUCAAGGCUGCAAGUUUACCCGCCUUUAUUUCUCUUACAGUCACACCAUUGAUCUUGUACAAACUCUUUCCGCCCGAGACCAAAGACACGCCCGAAGCCCCCGCAAUGGCUGCAAAGAGAUUGGAGCUUAUGGGGCCCGUCUCAAAAAACGAAUGGAUUAUGGUCGCCACAAUGCUUCUUGCAGUUUCUCUAUGGAUUUUCGGAGAGAAGCUCGGAAUUGCGAGCGUCAUCGCCGCCAUGCUCGGUUUGUCGAUACUUUUGCUAUUGGGUGUGCUCGAAUGGUCCGACUGCUUGAACGAGAAGUCGGCAUGGGACACUUUGUCGUGGUUUGCGAUUUUAGUCGGCAUGGCCGGCCAGCUGACGAAUCUCGGCAUCGUAAACUGGAUGUCGAGCUGUGUAGCCAAAUCGCUGCAGUCGUUGUCGCUGAGCUGGCCGGCCGCCUUCGGCGUUCUACAAGCUUCUUACUUUCUGAUCCACUAUUUAUUCGCGAGCCAAACGGGCCAUGUGGGCGCGUUGUACUCGGCAUUUUUGGCCAUGCAUUUGGCGGCCGGAGUGCCGGCCGUGCUGGCAGCGUUGGCUCUCGCUUACAACACCAAUUUGUUCGGUGCAUUGACACAUUAUAGCAGCGGUCAAGCGGCUGUGUAUUUCGGAGCUGGCUAUCUUGAUCUUCCGGACAUCUUCAAGUUUGGAUUCGUCAUGGCCCUUGUCAACGCGAUGAUCUGGGGAGUAGUCGGGACGUUCUGGUGGAAGUUCUUGGGAUUGUUCUAACUUCAAUUUGUUCGGUUGGGUAAGCAAAAGCAGCCUUUGAUCUUCAUUUGAAUAGAGAGAUAGAGCUAUCUUGGACUAAAAGAGCUGAAUGUUCAGUUCAGUUCUUCCUCGUAAUUUGUCUUGUUUACUACCACCAGAAUUUUGGUUAAAUCUUUGUGUUGUAGGAACACUGUGUGAUGGCAUUCUGCCAUUUCUUCUUAUUGAUGAAUGCAAUAAUAAUAUACACUA